AUGCCAUUCGUCACGGAACUCUGGCUACUCGGAACUGUGUCCUUUGCUACAACGCUUACGAGUUCUUAUUUAAACACGGGCUUGGAGUCACUUUUGCUGAAUAUUUUCGGAGUAGGGGGAUCCACUUGGGUCAUUGCCAUCUACCAUGCGUUCUUCACCAUCGGAGGCAUUUCCGCACCCCUGCUCGUGCAAGUGUUCAAGUCCAGUGAUCCUCUCAAGGAGUGCGUCUCCAGCGCCAAUAAUUUCACCGGCUACCAAAAAAACUACACUUCGGGCAUUCAACUCGAUCACAUCGACGCAGACAUAAUCCCACCAUAUAUAAUCGUCGGCGCGAUCGUCGUCGCCAGUGGAAUAUUCACCUGUGUCUGCGCCGUAUGGAAACUCGUUGAAAAACUGACCACCGCCAAACAUGAUGAGUCGUUCAUCUACUACUACGUACUUUGCUCAGAAACCUUCGACUGGGAUCCCGUUCAAGCCAACCACAUCAACAUGAUCUUCUGGGCUGCCUUUAUUGUCGGGAGAUUCAGCGGAAGCUACGCCGCUAGAAAGUUAAAACCAACUUUUUUGAUCUUGAUCUAUUUCACGGGCUCCACCGUCGGGAUCAGUAUGAUCCUGGGCGUAGACAGUUUUGCUGGUGGAUCUUCAAAGGGCCCAUUAUUAAGCACAGCUACUGUCAUCUACGGACUUUUUGUUUCCCAACUCUACGCGAGCUGCACCUGUCUCUGCAACAGCUUCACCAAUAUGGGCCUUUCAUACGUCUUUAUCAACAAUCUGGGCUCCUCGAUCGGCACUAUGAUCGCUCCAACAGUCACUGGAAAAUACAUCGAAGACUCGCCAAUUUCAUUCGCAUGGGCAUGUUUCGUCUUCUGCACUUGCGGUCUUUUUUUCGAAGCGCUCGUUCAUCUCGAAGGAUUUCGAAUCAUGCAAGGUACUUCCUAUAGCAAAACUCUCAAGGCAUUUUUCCGCUGCUCAUUUCCAGUAGAAGGCUUCGGAAGAAGCGCCUCAAAACAACGCCAAUCUGCCGAAUCUGGAAUCAAGGAAGAGCACAAUUUAUUCUCUUGA